AUGAAGCUGAAGAGGUUUCUCUUGAGAUACUACCCUCCUGGCAUCAUUCUAGAGUAUAUUCGCAGUAAUGGAGAAUAGGAGACUAAGUCUAUUGAUUUGUUAAAUCUGAGCAAUGACACUGAUGUAGAUCAGUUGGUUGAUGAAAUUGUGAUGGAGGAACCUAUCAUUUCAGAAAAUAGAAAGCCAUAACUAGCAGCAUUGAUUCGCAAACUAAUUGAAAAGAUCGAAUCAAAGAAGGAACAAUCAUUUGAGUUGUUCAAGACUCUCAAAGCACACAUGUUACCUCUAACAAAUUGCGCAUUCAAUAAGAACGGGGACAAAUUCAUCACAGGUAGUUAUGAUAGAACAUGUAAAGUAUGGGACACUUUCACAGGAGAAUAAUUGGUCUCUUUGGAAGGUCAUAAGAAUGUCGUAUAUUGCAUUGCAUUCAACAAUCCCUUUGGGGAUCGCGUUGCGACAGGCUCUUUUGAUAAAACUGCAAAAAUUUGGGAUGCCACUUCAGGAAAGUGUCUAUAGACAUUUGUUGGACAUCAAUAUGAAAUAGUUUGUAUUUCCUUUGAUCCCCAUUCCUUACUUGUGGCAACAGGAUCUAUGGAUAAAACUGCGAGAUUAUGGGAUGUUGAGACAGGAAAAUAAAUAGCUAGAUUGGAUGGACAUGAUGGUGAAAUUGUCAGUUUGCAUUACAACUCUGAUGGUGAUAAAUUGCUUACAGGUUCAUUUGAUAAAACUGCUAUGAUUUGGGAUGUGAGAUCUGGUGAAUGUAUACACAUUUUAGAUGAACACACAGGUGAGAUUUCAAGUACUUAAUUUGAAUUUACAGGAGAUUAUUGUGCUACUGGUUCGAUAGAUAAAACUUGUAAAAUUUGGGAUAUUAAAACAGGAAAAUGCAUAGAAACACUUCGAGGACAUUAAGAUGAAGUACAAGACAUCUGCUUCAAUUCCACAGGAACCAGAUUAGUCACAGUCUCAGCUGAUGCAACUGGAAGAUUAUACAAUGUCAAUUCUGGAUAAUGUAUUGCCCAACUCUUAGGACACAAAGGGGAAAUCUCUAAAGUUGCUUUCAAUCCCUCAGGAAACAAAAUCAUUACUGCAAGUGCAGAUAAUACAGCUAGAAUUUUUUCAGAAACUGGAGAAUGUCUGUAAGUAUUGGAAGGUCACACUGAUGAAAUAUUUAGUUGUGCAUUCAAUUAUGAAGGAGAUAUCAUCAUCACAGGAUCUAAAGAUAACUCAUGCAAAAUUUGGAAAGAAGCUAAUCUGUAGGUUAAAAAAUGACUGUUUCCAUAUAUAUAUCUAUAUAUAUUCAUCAAAUA